AUGCCCAUCGUGACUAACACCCCGUCUGCAGCUGGUGCACCACAGUCGGGCUCAAGCUCAGCCUCAGGACCUACACCAGAGCUUCAUUUCCCUCCCAUCACCCGGGAUCACAUUCUACACUGUGCAUACGACUACUGGUUUCCCAAAUACAGAACAUCAUGCAUCAAGUCGAGGAUAAUUCCACUUACACCCGAGUUCGUGGAGUAUAUCCGGGAGGAUGGGAUCACCCUCGCAGAUGAGGACGGCGACGGCGAAGGAGAUGAUGAUGACGAUGUUGAAUGGGAAGGCCCGACCACCGUGUCCAGGGUAGAGCCGGAGGAGGUCGACUCGGACUCGGAGAGCGACGACGAGGCGCCCGCGGCGCUGCCUCCCAACAAGCGCUUCCCCGAACUGCACCAGCUCAUCCAGGACAAGAUCGCCGAGGUGGGAGGCGAGGCGGCCCCCAAGCUCAACUGGACGUCGCCCAAGGACGCCGCCUGGAUAUCGCCGCACCAGAACACGGUGAAAUGCACCUCCGCCAACGAUGUCUACCUGCUGCUCAAGAGCUCCAACUUCAUCACCUACGACCUGGAGCACGCCUUUGACGACUGCACGCCCAUACCGGGCGCCGGCACUGCCGCCUCGUCCGCGCCGGCCGCGGCCCCGUUCAAGCCCGUGCUGGUGCUACGGUCCUUCUUCAACCCGCACACGGCGCUCGAGUUCCGGUGCUUCGUCAAGCACCGCAACCUGGUCGGCAUCUGCCAGCGCGACCUCAAGUUCUACGAGUUCCUGCUGGACCUGCGCCCGGCCGUCGUGGCCAAGAUCGCCCAGUUCUUCAACCACCGCCUGCGCUACACGUUCCCGGACGGCAACUUUGCCUUCGACGUCUACAUCCCCGAGGGUGAGGACGAGCCCCUGGGCCGCGUGCGCCUCAUCGACAUCAACGCUUGGGCCCCGCACACCGACAGCCUGCUGUUCGGCUGGGACGAGCUGAACGACUGGCCGGUGCCCGGCCCGAUCAUCGGGGUCGCAGGGGCCGAGGGCGACGAGGGCGGCCUUCAGACCGGCUCCGAGGCCACCGAGGACGAGGACGAGGAAGAUGACGACGACGAGGAUGACAUUGUCCCCGAGCUCAGGCUCGUCGAGAAGGACAACUCGGCCGCGUACAACCUCAGCUCGCCGGCCUACUCGGCCCACAAGCUGCCCAAGGACGUCGUCGACGCGAGCAUGGCCGGGCAGGGCGGCAUGCGCGAGUUUGCCCAGAAGUGGAAGGAGAUGACCGAGUACCGCGACCACCUCGCGCAGUGGGAGAAGGACGACAAGUGA